AUGUCGUUCUUUGGGCUUACGUAUCUUGGUCCGCAAGGGCCAUUCGAGGGGCUCCUGCCGCUGCACGCGUUUAAUGCGACGGACGUGGCAGCGGCCUAUGACGUGGCAGCCCAGCGUGGCCCGACGAUCAGCACCUCGGCCUUUCCUGCGUUUGUGCACGCCUUGUACCAUUGCCCCAAAGGCACGAAUCCGCCAGCGACGAUUGUUGACCAAGUCACCGCGUGGUUCCCCGACGGCACCCUCCCGAGAGCGCAGUUCCUCGCAGGAAUGGAGGCGCUCCUGGAGGCAUCCGAAGACGCGGCAAAUAACAACAGCGAGACGGACGCGCAUGCGUGCGAAUACCAGAGCGGGCUUGCGCUACGCGCCGACAAGUUCAAGCACACGCGCAUGAAGAAAGCGCCAAAAGAGAAGCACCACGAACCGCUGACGGACGCGCAGACUUUCGGCUGGCUCAAAGGCACCGUGGUCAAGACGAUUCCGAAAAAAAGCUGCGAAGAAACCAAGUACGCCUCGGCGAUGAUUCAAUCUGGCGUGAGCUACUACUAAAACGAACAAAAACCCUGACGCUGAC